UAGUCCAAACAGAAAGAACAACUUCACCCAAAAAUACAAAUUGCUCUAGAAAGAAAGAAUAUAGAGAGAGAGAAAUGGCAUACAAUCUAAACUGUAUCAGGGCAACGAUUGGCUGCUUUGUCUUCAUUUUACUUGUUCUGCCAUUUAGUUCUGCAUUUCUUUGUGAAGAAUCCACUGAUUGUCAUGCUCUUCUUAAAUUCAAGCAGGGCCUAAGAAGCGAUCCCGAAGGUCAUCUGAAGACUUGGAACGAAGCCAAUCCCUUCUGCAACUGGACUGGAAUCACAUGCCACCCACAUCUCCGAGACCGAGUGAUAGGUCUUGAGCUCAUAGACAUGGUUUUGCAAGGAGGGAUAUCACCAUUCAUAUCCAAUCUUUCUCUUCUUACCACCCUGUCUCUGCAAGGCAACAGAUUCUAUGGACAAAUUCCAUCUUCCUUGGGAGGACUUUCAGAGUUAGCAUUUCUCAAUAUAAGCGAAAAUAAGCUUGAAGGUGAGAUUCCUGGUUCUUUGCAUGGCUGCCAAAGCUUGAAAGAACUAGACUUGAAUGUCAACAAUCUUUCUGGGGUCAUUCCUGAGGAACUCAGCUGGCUGAAGAACUUAACAUACUUGGGUCUGUCUGUAAACAGACUCACUGGAGAGCUGCCGUCGUCACUAUCAAACUUGACGGAAUUGACACAAAUAAAACUGGGUGUCAAUUAUUUUACCGGAAAGAUCCCACCACAGCUUGGAGCAUUAAGAAAGCUAGAGAUUCUGUACCUCCAUACGAACUUUCUUGAGGGACCAGUACCUGCAGCAAUUAGCAACUGCACCGCUUUACGUGAGAUUUCGCUGAUUGAGAAUCUGUUGAGUGGAGAAAUCCCUUUAGAGCUGGGUGCCAAACUCCAGAACUUGCAGAAAUUGCACAUGCUUGAGAACAAGCUUUCUGGUAGAAUUCCAGUGACCCUCUCCAAUCUCUCUCAGCUCACACUGCUUGAUCUCAGUCGCAACAAUUUAGAGGGCGAAGUUCCUGCAGAGUUGGGAAUGUUAAAGAACCUUGAGAUUCUCUACUUUCAUUCCAACUACUACUUAGGUGGCGGCAGCUCUGGUAAUUCUUCCCUCAGUUUCUUAACAGCUCUCACAAACUGUUCGGUUCUAAAAAAGCUACACUUUGGUUCAUGCUCGUUCAAAGAUAAUAUACCGUCUUCUGUAGGUGGUCUUUCAAAAGACCUCUUUUACUUCAAUCUUUUCAAUAAUUCCAUUAUGGGAAGUAUACCAGACAGUAUUGGAAACUUAAGCAGCCUAGUAACCUUAAAGCUGUCAUACAACCUUUUGGAAGGAAAAAUUCCACCAUCAUUUGGAGAGCUUGGGAAUUUGCAGAGGUUAUACUUGGAGAGAAACAGAAUUCUUGGGCCAAUUCCAGAUGACUUGGGGAAGAUGUCUAGCCUUGGUCUACUGGAUCUUGGUAAAAAUUUGAUUGGUGGGUCUAUUCCACCUUCACUUGGUAACCUUUCACAGCUGAGAUAUCUUAACCUGUCUACGAAUAGCAUAUCAGGAAAAUUUCCCAUUGAUCUUACUCGCUGUUCUCUUAUGAUGCUGCUCGAUUUAUCUUUCAACAGCUUACAAGGUUCUGUUCCUGUACAGAUUGGCCUUCUUUCAAACUUAGACUUCUCACUUAACCUUUCAAACAACCAUUUCGAAGGACAACUGCCAACAAGCAUUGGAAAGCUGGUGUCUCUGCAGGCAAUCGACUUUUCGAAGAAUAAAUUUGUUGGUGUCAUACCUGGCUUGAUUGGAAGUUGCAUUUCUUUGGUGUAUCUGAACCUGUCCAAAAACAUGCUUGAAGGCACAAUUCCAAGGUCUUUGAAAUCAAUCACUUAUCUUGAAGUUUUGGACAUGUCUCAUAAUCGAUUAAAUGGCACUGUUCCAAUCUGGAUUGCUGAUGAACAUAUGAUCAAGAAUCUCAAUUUAUCUUAUAAUAAUCUAUCAGGUGAAGUUCCAUAUACUGGGAGGAUUACAUUUUUUAAUAAAAGCUCAUUCCUGGGUAAUGUGGGGUUGUGUGGUGGUUCUGCACAACUUGGUCUUCCUCCAUGUGAAGUUCAAAAGCAAAAAGGCAGGACAAAGAAUUGGGUAAUUUACUCUGUGGUUGCAGCAGUUGCAGUAAGCUGUGUGGUGGGUGCUGUCUUUGUUCAUCGUUUCUUCUUCAGAAAAUAUUCAAAGACAGCGCAUGGAAUGCUAAUGGCACCCCCAGGAAAGCAUGGAAGUCGAAGUUUCACCGAAAGGGAACUCGAAACUGCAACACUCGGGUUCAAUGAGGCUAAUCUUCUGGGUAGAGGAACUUUUGGAUCAGUCUAUAAAGCAAUCAUUGAUAAUGGGGAAAGUACUGUGGCAGUUAAGGUCCUGCAUGGUGACAGCAAUCAGAGUUUCAAAAGCUUUAAGAGGGAAUGUCAAAUAUUGUCUGAAAUCAAGCACCGGAAUCUCGUUAGACUGGUAGGGUAUGCCUGGAACGGAGGGUUCAAGGCUCUUGUCCUUGACUUUAUUGGCAAUGGGAACUUGGCACAACAUCUUUAUCCUGGUGGGCUAGAGGAAGGAGCUUGUAAGCUGACUUUAAGGGAAAGAAUCUCCAUAGCUAUUGAUAUUGCCAAUGGCUUGGAGUAUCUUCAAGAAGGCUGUCCAGUCCAAGUGAUACAUUGUGACCUGAAACCAGAAAAUGUGCUUAUCAACACAAAUAUGGUGGCUCAGGUAGCAGAUUUUGGGAUUGGAAAGCUCAUUUCAGCUGACAAAAUGGAAGAAUAUCUUAGCACAACGCGUUCUCUUCGAGGAUCGAUUGGUUAUAUUCCCCCAGAAUAUGGGCAGGGAGUUGAGGUAUCAGCUAAAGGGGAUGUGUAUAGCUUUGGUGUGGUUCUGCUCGAGAUGUUUACGCGAAAAAGACCGACAAGUGAUGUGUUUUCGGAUGGGCUUGAUCUAAGGAAGUGGGUGGGUUCUGCAUUUCCAGACCAAAUUUGGGAUGUUGUUGACACCACACUGAAGCAGGAGGCGUGCUCAAAAGGCACACAUGAUGCUUUAGAGAAGCUUGAGCAAUGCAGCAUUCAAUUGCUUGAGGUAGGGAUGAUUUGCACAGAAGAGAGUCCACACAAACGACCCCUUAUGUCCUCUGUUGUGCCAAUGUUGAAAAAAUGUCUCGAAAGAAGGGGAAUUUGAAGCUCCAACUAUGGCUUGAACAAGAUAUAUAGUAAAACUUUUACAUUUACCAGUUGUUUUUAAUUUCUUUUGGCCUUUUGCUUGUGUGAAGUUUCAUACUGAGGGCUCAUGAAAGUCCUUUGUGAGUGUGUUUAUGUCUGUAUAAUAUUAUUAUUGGCAAUAUCAAAAUCAUGUGUGUAAAAUAAAUUGUUUUCUCACUAUCAAUUAGU